CACGGCCCAUGUAAGAACCGGCUUUCAGCUUCGAAAUCAUCGGAGAUCGGUAGAUGCCUGCCGCCGGCGUUAUCUAAUAACACUUCUCUCCCACUUCACAGAAUCACAGCCGUUAAUUACUUCCAAGCUAAACCUCUUCCCACAGGUUUUGAUCGAUCGGAAGUUUUCGUCGUCGGAGAAAUUAAAUCUGAACAUGUCCCCGCCGGCCGGCAAGAAAAUGACUGCAGGUUUCAGGCCGCCUUCCAUGCGGGAGCGAGCAGUGAGUUCAUCGCCGGAAACUGCCGCCGCCGCCGCAGCGCAGCUUACAAUCUUUUAUGGUGGCAGCGUACAUGUUUAUGAUAACGUUCCUGCUGAUAAGGCGCAGGCGAUAAUGUUGUUAGCAGGGGAGAGUUGUUUGCCAGCUGCGGCGGCUAUGGCGGCGGUGGAAGUGGCAAAACAUCCUCAGCUGUCUCGACCGCAGCAGUACUACGCCGGAAAAUUUCCAACAGAGUUACCAAUUGUAAGACGGAACUCGUUGAGGCAAUUUUUGGAGAAACGAAAGAAUAGGAAGAUAAACAAUGGCCUUCAUGCAUCUUCUUCCACGGAAAGUCAUUAGCAAUCACGAACCAAAACUUCUCU